AUGUCCAACACACCACCUACCCCCAACCAACCGCAACCGCAACACCACACACAACACCACACGCAACACCGCUCCCCCCGCCCACCACUGCACCACGCAGACACAUCCGGCUCAACCAUAUCCACCACAUCCACCGCCUCAGCGUCCUCCACGACGACGUCGACAGAUACAGAUGGUGAUGGGGAUGGGGAUGCGGACGGGUCGGGGGUUACACCGCCUAUGACGAGUACGCCUACGCCUGGGUAUCUUGGUACCACCACCUCUACCUCCCCAAACACCCACACCACCGCAGCCGUAACCGCACCCUCGAGCCCCAACACCACCGCCCCGAGCACACAAACGACCCCCAAAAAAACCAAAAUCAAACGCGCGCUCCAAUCCGCCGCGCGCCUCCCGCGCGUCCCGUCAGGUGGACUCAAGCUGCGCGGGAUGGGUAUGAAGUCUGGGUUGGGUCUUGGCAAGGCGGCUGUUGGGUUGGGCGGGUUGGGUUUGGUGGGGAGGAAAGGGAGUGGGGUUGAUAACAGCGGCGGAGGAGUAGGAAGCAGAGGGAGGAGGAGAGGGGGGAGGGAGGAGAGCGCGGGGCUUGCGCCGCGCGAGGGUGAGCUUCCGAUUGUGCUCCUCCGUGUUAGAGUCGUUGCAUGCGACAAUUUGUUGGGCAAGGAUCGGGGCGGGACGAGCAGCGAUCCCUUCGUCCUCCUCUCCCUGCCCACCUCUCAACCCUCGCCCUCGCCCUCCAAACCCUCCAAAUCCAAAUCCAUCAACAAACACGUAACACCCACAAUCAAACGCACAACCUCGCCCACCUUCCCCGCCUCCCAAUCCACCUUCGACCUGCCUCUAUACAUGAGCGUCGUGGAGCGCGUGGGCGUGGGGAGUGUGGAGGCUGUGGUGUGGGAUAAGGAUUUGGUGGGGAAGGAGUAUUUGGGGGAGGUGGCUGUUGGUGUUGGGGAGUGGUUUUGUGUUGGUGUUGCGCAGGGACAAGGGGAGGGGGAGAGGGCGUUUGGGUUUGAUGAGGAGGGGAACGUCCCAUUCACGAUCCCGCUUGUCUCGACGCGCGCGUCGACGCCGUCGCAGGGGACUAUCACGCUUAAAAUUGGAUUCGUACGCGCUCCUGCCUCUUCCUCUGCUGAGGGCGCGGGUACAGGUAUAGGGGGAGGAGGAGGAGGAGGGGAGGCGAACCAGAUGUCGUUUGAGGAGAUCUACGAUGUGUUGACACAUGGUGUUGGAACGAUUCGAUCGCAUCAUACAGCCGCAUCGCACUCGCACUCUAUCUCGCACUCUCCCUCGUACUCGCACUCGUACUCGCACAAUGACACCCCACACACGGGCGGUGCUCUCACCACCACCACCACCAGCGCCAGCGCCGCCGACGGCACACUGCCCGCACCACCACUUUUACCACCGCAGCUCGCGUACGAAGAUGACGGCGGUCUUUCGUCGGAUGCUGGAGAUGAUCGGGAUGAAUCGGAGGGUGAGGGUGAGGAAGACGAGUCGGAGGAUGCUGAAGAAGAAGAAGAUGAUGAUGAGGAGGAGGAGGACGGAGAAGAAGAUGAUGAGGAGGAGGGAGAGGAGGUGUUUGUUGAUGCUGAGGAGGGGGUUGGUGGGGCGAGUGCGAGCGCGAGUGCGAGUGCUAGUGCGAGUGCUAGUCCAAGUCCGAGUCCGAGUCCAAGUCCUAGUCCGGGUAUGAGUCCUGGGGCGAGUCCUGGAGCGAGUCCACGGAUUGGUGGUGGACAAGCGCAAGGACAAAGUGGGAAGACGCUUCUCGAUCUCUACAUCCCUCCCUCUCCCUCUCCAUCACCAUCGCCCUCGGCCACCAGCACACCGGCCAAAGAUGCAAUCCAACCCCAAGGCACAAGCAAAGGAAAGGGGAUAGGCCUAGGCCUAGGAAAAGGAAAAGGAAAUGAAAAAGGGAAAGAUAACGGCAAUGAAAAAGGGAAAGAUAAAGGAAAAGGCAAAGAGAAAGGCAAAGCGAAACCGCCCUUCCCCUUCCCGCUUCCCGAGCUCAACGUCCUGCCCUCGUCGCCUGCUACGCCGACGCCGGGGGAGAGCGUGCCGACGGCUGUACCGCGGUUCCUGCGCGCUGGUGCUGGUGCUGGGUCUGGUAUUGGUAUUGGUAUUGGUGGGGAGGGAGAAGAUGUGGAUGUAGAGGAGACGCCAAAAGCGUCUGGGGGGUUCAACCAGCCUUUACCCCCGCGUCCUGCUAUGCCUACGAAGGAUACCGGAGGAGGUGGAGGUGGGGGUGGGGGGUCGCGGUUUAACCCGAAGAAGUUGGUGAGGAAGUUGCCUGGUCUAGGAGGGGGAGGGGGAGGAGCGGGGGCGCCGCCUGCGUCGCCUGCUGUAGAUGCGCAGGGGAAUCUUGUUCCACCUAGGGCUGGGGCUGGGGCGAGGAGGAGGGGGAGUUAUAAAGGGGUUGGUGCGGACGAUGAGAAGGAUAAGGAGGUGAAGGAAAAGGAGAAGGAAGGGAAGGAGAAGGAGGAGAGGAGGAGUAAAUUUGGAAGGGGGUGGCGCGAGGGGUCGUCGAAUUCCACUUCCACUUCCACUUCCACUUCCACAUCAGCCUCAGCGUCGGCAUCCGCAAGCGGGAGUGGAAGCGACACAGGUGUGGGCAGCGCUACAUCCCAGAGCGCCCUUGCCCUUGCCCGUGCCAGUGCCAGUGCCAGCGCACACGAUACUCCACCCGGCACGAAGCAGCGCCGCGUCCCUCGUCCUAUCAAGAUGAAGAGUACGCGGAAGAAGAGCGAUUUCGAGUUUAAAGGGCGGAAUAAUGAUAUACUCGGGAUUGUCAUGUUGGAGAUACAGGGUGCGGACGAUUUGCCCAAGUUGGCUAACAUGACACGCACAGGAUGGGACAUGGACCCCUUCGUCGUCAUCUCCUUCGGCAAAAAAGUCUUCCGCACGCGCGUAAUCCGGCACUCGCGCAACCCCAUCUGGGACGAAAAACUGCUCUUCCACGUGCGGCGCUACGAGACCUCAUUCAAAGUCCAACUAUCCGUGUUAGACUGGGACAAACUCUCCGCGAACGACCAUAUCGGCGACGUGAGCUUCGAGGUGGGGGAGUUGGUUAGAGAGGCGGUGCAGCCUGAUCCGGAGACGGGGUUGUAUGCUGUUAAUGAGGAUGGGGAGGUUGUUGGUGCGGAUGCGGAUGGCGCGAUGAAGGAGUUUAGGCUCCCGUUGAGCACGGCUAAGGAGAUGAAGUGGGAGGCGAAGCAUAAUCCCGUCAUCCGAUUCCGUGCGAAGUACCAGCCGUACGACGCACUCCGCCAGCGCUUCUGGCGGCAAUACCUCAAGCAAUACGACACAGACAACACCAACGCGCUCUCGUACCUCGAGCUGCGCGCCAUGCUCGACUCGCUCGGGUCCACGCUCACAUCCGCCACGCUCACGUCGUUCUUCACGCGCUACGGGAAGAAGCCGCAUGAGGAGGAGAUCAGCGUCGAGCAGGCUGUGAUCUGUUUGGAGGAGGAGCUGUGUAGGCCUGAGGGGGAGAAGAAGCGUAUUGGAGGGCAAGGUACGGGUGUUGGUGCUGGUAAGGGAGAUGCUCCUGGGGGCGCAGGCGAGGGCGAGGGUGAAAUUAGUACGGCUGCUGUUACACCCGUCGUCGGCGUGUUUGGGAGUCGUGGGCAGGAGAUACCCGUCGAUCUGGAACUGGACAAGCUAGAUUUCGCAGGUCCUGUGCACGGUGGUGCUGGUGUCGGUGCGAGUGGGGAGAAGGAAGGCGCGUAUACGACCGAGCCGAUGCAGAUGCCGCUUAAAGACGCAGCUGCUGUCACGCCUGAUUUGAGCUCGGAUGAUAUGGAUGCAGAGGAUCUGAGUGGUGCUGUGGGCGUCGCUGUUGGUGUAGCGGGGUCAGUUGCCGGUCUAGGCGUUGGCAUUGGCGCGGGUGUCGGUGCAAGUGCAAGUGCAAGUGCGAAUCUGGGUGCCUCGUCGCCCCCGCUGGCGCCUGGCGGCGCCGGUGCGCCUGUCGCGCCAGCUAGCAAACCGAAGCGGGGGGGCAAACUGCGGUUCCGCCGCGCUGCAUCGUCGAAGAAGGGGACGGCGGAUAGCUUUUCUGCGUCUUCCUCACCCUCUGCCUCGCCCUCUCCAUCGCCGCCUUCUUCCUCCGUACCCACCAACACCACCACCACCACCACUGCUACCACCGCCAACGCCAACGCGGGUAUACCCGCAGACGCCGAAGAAGACGAAAGCGACACACACCCCGUCGAAAGAAUCAUCAACGUGCGCAAUUGUCCUUUAUGCCACCGCCCGCGGCUCAACUCGAAAGCGGAAAUGGACAUCGUGACGCAUCUUGCCCUAUGCGCUUCCUCCGGCUCCUCUGGCACUUUGGAUGAUGGUACGACGACGACGCCGUCCACGGGAACGAAGAAGAAGGGCGGGUGGGAUAAGAUGGAUAGGAUUAUGGUUGGGAAUUAUGUUACGGCUUCGCAAGCGCAGCGAAAGUGGUAUACGAAGGUGUUGGGGAGGGUUGGAGGUGGGGAGUAUGGGAUUGGCGCUAAUUCAGCGAACAUUAUCGUGCAGAAUCGUAUGACGGGCCAGUUGGAGGAGGAGAAGAUGCAGGUUUAUGUACGACUUGGGAUUCGACUUUUGUAUAAAGGCGCUACGAGCCGGAUGGAAGGCGGGCGUGCUAGGAGACUGCUCAAGUCGCUCUCGAUCAAGCAGGGUAUCAAGUACGACGACCCUGAGAGUGCGAAGGAGAUUCCGGCGUUUAUCGAGUUCCACGGGUUGAACGUGGACGAAGUGCUCGAUCCGCUUGAUUCAUUCAAAACAUUCAACCAAUUCUUCUACCGCCGCCUCAAACCCUCCGCGCGCCCGCUCGAGGCGCCGCACGAUCCCUACCGCCUCGUUUCCGCGGCCGAUUGUAGACUUAUGACGUUUGCGAGUGUGUCGGAGGCGACGAGGGUGUGGAUUAAAGGGAGGGAGUUUUCGGUUGGUAAGUUGCUUGGUGCGACUUCCGGAUCUGGAUCGGGGGCGGGGUUGGGGCUGGGGUUGAGUGAGGAGGUGUUGGAGCACACCAACACCAGCAACAGCAACGGAGCGGGUACCGGUACAGGCCCGACAGACAGACUCAGAGCGAAAGAGGCAGACAAAUUUGUCGGAGGCGCGUUGGCCAUUUUCCGAUUGGCGCCGCAGGACUAUCACCGGUUCCAUUCGCCCGUCGCGGGGCGCGUGGUAGAGAUCUGGGAUGUCGAGGGGGAGUACUACACCGUCAACCCCCAAGCGAUCCGCUCAGCUAUCGACGUGUACGGCGAGAACGCGCGCAAGAUUGUUGUGUUUGAUAGUCCACAGUUCGGGCGCGUGUGCGCGGUGUGUGUGGGCGCGAUGAUGGUGGGAAGUAUCCUUCUCACCGUGCGCGUGGGCGACGAGGUCGAGCGCGGGCAGGAGUUCGGGUACUUUGCAUUCGGCGGCUCGACAAUCGUCAUCCUAUUCGAAAAGGGGCGGGUGGAGUGGGACGAGGAUCUGCUCAUCAAUGGGCGUGCGGCGCUCGAGACGCUCGUGCGGGUUGGGAUGGGCAUUGGACGCGGGAAGCCGGGUGCGUCGCCGUUCCCGUCGCCGAUGCCUACGCCUGCUUUGUUGGGUGGUGGGGGUGGGGGUGGGGGAUCGGUGUUCGUUCCGGAGUGA